UUCAGACUUUUCUUUCGAGCUAAACACACGAAAUUGUUCAAGGCUCCCAAGGAAUAUAUACGAGUAGACAAUGAACAUCUUCGGAAAAGUAUUUAUUGUGUUUUUUACCACGGUGCUUAUAAACCAUGUAUCAGCUCAAACCUCGCAUAAUUUGGCUAAUCUAUUCUUCCGAUCGCGUAUGGCUUCCCAAGAUCCCGCUGUUACUGUGGCCUGUUUCAAUGAGUAUAUGAUGGCAACAAGUGUUGUUGGUGAAGCUUACAGCUCAGGCUAUAAUCAGUGUCUUAUGACUGCCAAAGAAGGCCGAGAUGUGGUCGAAACGGAAAUGGCUAAUGGACGCAGUUUGAUUGUUGAAAAUUCCCAGGAUGUUUGCCACAGCAUGACAAAGUGUAAUGAAGAAAAUACCACACUGGGGAUUUUUAAUUGUCAUGCUCAAAUUGGUGCUAUGAAUACCAAAGCUGUCUAUAGUAUUUCGGGCAAUGCCUCUGAAUUUGCCAAUGCUAUGCAUGAAAAAUAUCGUCUGAUUGAUUUGAAACACGAACAAUGUUGCAAAUCGGCUGAACGUAAAUAUGUUGAGGAUACCGCCAUUGUUUAUCAUACUCUGCAAACAUGUCUAGAAGGUGGCGCCGCACCAGCUAUCACAACCACGCCAGCUCCAUCUACAACAAGUGAACCUUCAGUAUUUGAUCAGGCCAGCCAAAAUAUACACAAAAUUGCUGAUCCCGUUCUGAAGGUUUUGAAUUAAAUUGAAUUGGA